AUGUAUGGUCUAUACCUUUUCGAUGUUUAUAUAUCGCAAUUGAUGCUGAACAAAGAGACGUACACUGAUACUGGUGGAUCAUCGCUUAUCACAAAAAUCGUCAUCAUUAAUUUACCGCCCAUGGAGGUCUUUGAGCACAGCCGAUCUCGUAAAAAUGACAUCCAUGUAUUCAAGUUUAAAGGUGGUCAAGCCUGCCACUUUUCAGUGCUGUGCGAGGAAUUAGUUAAAAUAAUGAAGAGACUACCCUUAUACAUUGGCGUUUUUAGAGUGAAUGAUGAGUUCCCUAUUUGCAGCGUACGAACUUAUCUCUCCGGUUGUGCUUGUGAUUUAAAUACGCUGAUGAUACAGAAUCCGAAGUCUUUUAUAUUUAGAGGACCGUUUGAUCUUGUAGAUCCCGGUAAUAGUUUCGCGGGUCAACUGGGUGCCACUAUUACCGUUACAAAUAUGGGAAGAUGCAUGAUGGCAUAUUACGCUCUUGUGCCCGAUUGCUUUUUCUUCAAAACCGGUCCUGGGGAAGACGAGUAUAAAUGCAACUUCAAGGAGAAGUCAAAUUCAUCUGGCCAACAUCGAACGAUGAAUCUAGAUGCUGAUUCACCGAAAAGCUUGGUCAGAGGUAUUGUUGGAGUUUCCCCAGUUGCUCAAUACCUUGCUCGUGGGAGUCCGCCGCCACAACCACCAUUCGAACCCUUAGUAGAUCCACGAGCGGCGCGAGGCAGAAAGAAAGGGAAAGGGAAGAAAGGCAAGAAAGGCAAGAAGAAAUAG